UUUGUUGUCAAGUUCUGCUAUUUCUAGCGAAGCCAUCGCCUCUAAUUCCCUACCUUGCUCAGGUCAUCCGUUUCUUAUUAUCAGUGAUUUUCCUUCCUUGAGCAAUUAAAGAUAAUAAGAAUAACUAUUAAUCAAACUUUUGAGUCAUGGCUGAGGAAGGUCACAAGGUCACUUUGAAUGUUUAUGACUUGAGCCAAGGUCUAGCCCGGCAGCUUUCCACCGCAUUCCUCGGGAGACCAAUCGAGGCCAUAUGGCACACAGGAAUAGUUGUGUAUGGCAAUGAAUAUUAUUUUGGUGGAGGUAUUCAACAUGAUCCUGCUGGAAGAACUCCAUAUGGAAAACCGAUGCGAUCGAUAGAAUUAGGAACGACACACAUUCCCAAGGACGUUUUCGAGAUUUACUUGCAGGAUAUCAGCCCUCGGUACACAGCCGAGACCUAUAGUUUACUCUCACAUAACUGCAACAACUUCAGUAAUGAAGUUGCACAAUUUUUAGUUGGUGCAACCAUUCCUGAUUACAUUCUUGACCUCCCUAACAUAGUUAUGAGCAGUCCCAUGGGCGCCCUCAUAUUGCCCAUGAUUCAGAACCUGGAAACUACAUUGAAGUCAGGCGGUGUUCCGAAGACCCCACAGUUCAAUCCUGCUUCAGCUAACGUCACUAGAUCAUCACCGUCGGGGUCGACAAAUAGCUCUAGUACUCCGGUGGCUGUCAAAGCAAAGUCAGAGGAAGAUGAUGCCAAGCCACCUGAGAAGACAACGCCUGCAGCAGCACCACAGAAAUCGGACGCGAACGAGGUUGCAGACCCACUCGGGGAUGUUCGUAGCAAGGUGCAGGAAGAGAUCGGGCAAGAAUUUGCAGCAAUCAUGGCGACGGGGACUCUGCGGGCGAGCGAAGCAGCAGCAUUGGCAACAAAAAGAGUGAUGCAGAAGUAUGGGCAUGCUACACUAUCUCAAGGCUAGAUUCAUAUUAAUAAACGAUGCGAUAUUAAUGAUAGCUGUAGAGGAUGGAGUGGUGUAGGAGAGUAACUUACUUGUAUGGGAUGUCUUUCUUUGUAUGAGGGAAGAAUUAUGUUGACUGACUAUGGCUGAAUUCAUAGUGCUUUAGCAAGAGCAUGCAUACAUAUCUUCUAUUACGUAUUGAAUUAC